AUGGGAAAAGAAUUCAGCGCCGUGGAGCCGGAUCUACGUGUACUGUUGCGCAAGGCAGUGAAGAAGGACUCGACCACUAAGACAAAGGGUUUGAAGGAACUGCAGAAAGCCAUAAUGCAGAGGAACGGCGCUGCAGUGUCGUGCGUGUGGAAACUUUGGCCACGAAUUUACAAAAAGCUUUGUUUGGACGAAGAUUUUAAAGUGAGGGAAGUUAGCCACCGAUUGUGUCGCGAGUUACUUUCUCGUCACCCUGAUCCCAAGAACGCGAUUACUUCAGUCGCUUACCUCCUUUUCCUCGUCGAGCACGAUCCUUAUUCGGUUUGCUCUGACGUUUCUACUGGAAUCAUUGCAGAGCACCUUCCUGGCGAUCGCCGCCUAGAACUGAUGAAUUCAUGCUCAGCAGAAGUUUUCGAGGUAAGCUAA